AUGAGUGCCGCGCAAGCCGGAUUAGUGUCUAAUCCGUCUCCGCCUAAGCCCCUCAAUGACUCGCAUUGCGAAUCAUGGGACGAUGUUGUGAAAUAUUUCGAUUCGAAAUUGAACAGCAUCGUCUCAUUGAUUUCUGGAAGGUGUGAUGAGCUGCAGCGCGUGACGGAUGGUCUUGUCGCGCGCUCUGAUGCCAUGGAUGCCAGGAUGGGCGUCAUCCAGCAUGAGCUUUCGGUGGUCACUGGCUCCAUUACCUCACAAUUUCAGGCGGUCAACCAUUCUAUCUCGGAGCAGGCCACUCGAGUUGACGACCACGAGGUUAGGCUGGCAAAGGUGGAAAGUUGUGUCGGCGAGUCCUUCACAAAGAUUGAUGCGGUUACUCUCGCGGAGAUGAACGAGCAGCGGAGAAGGGAAUGUAAUUGUAUUAUAUACAAUUUCCCUGAACAUGUCUCGUCGGCCGAGGACACAGCGGCAGUGGCGGCGCUACUUGUGGGGGCGAGUAUCGAUGCUUCAUUGCUCACCACUUUGCAACUUGGAAAGAGGGCUGAGGACAGGACUCGUCCAUUGAAACUCAUUCUUCGAUCUGCUGUUGAGGCGCGGUGGUUCUUGCGUCACUCACCGGAUUUGCUUAAAUCGGUGCCGAACGCGAAGUGUGGCCCGGACCGAUCCACUUUUCAGCGGCGGUUGUUGCGUGAGACCAUUGCCGACAUCAAUUCUAGAAUGCAGGCCGCCGAGAUACCCAAUCUUCUUUCUAUUUACUACCAGAACGUUGGUAGCAUUAAAUCAUCCAUCACUACUUUUAUUAAUAAUGUAUUAACAUGUGCGCAAAAGUUUAAUAUAAUUGCCCUCACUGAAUCCUGGUUGGAUGACACGGUGGAUGAUGCUAUGCUGAGGAUUCCUGGCUACUCGCUCGUGAGAUUGGAUCGCUGGAAGGUUCGGAGUGGCAGAUCAAGGGGAGGUGGUAUCCUCGUUUGGAUUGAGAGCACAUGCUCCUUUGUAACAGUACAUACCCUCAAUUAUGAUUUGGAGCAUGUGACUCUGAAGCUUGACUAUGGAGCACCGCUACUUCUCUCCGUUGCUUAUCUGCCGCCAGUUACGUCUCUCUCACCGGUGAUAUUCGAGUCAUCUUUGGAUUCCUUUUGCUGUUCUCUGGAGGAUUCAGCUGCCGGAUAUCCUGAGUGUGCCGUUCUCAUUGUGGGUGACUUCAACCUUCCCCGCUGCACGUGGUCGGCUUAUGAUGGUGUGCUUUCAUCUGACGCACUAGCAAGUAGGACUAUUUGUGAUUCGGCAUCUAGAUUGGAGAGUUGUACGAGCUCCCUUAAGUGCGCUCAGUUGAUUCGUUCAACAAAUUGCUCUGGAAACACGCUUGAUCUGGCAUUUUGUAGUAUUCCGGCGUCUCUCAGCACGGCUUUGGAUCCUCUGGCACCAUCGGACAGACAUCACGAACCUGUCAUUAUUAAUUUGAACUGUGUUGCAGUGGCUUCACCAAGCUCUCUACCAUUUAAUACUUCUGCUUCCUUCAACUUUAAAAAGGCAAAUUAUAGCAGUAUUAAUGCUGCUCUGACGUCGACAAAUUGGAAUGAUCUCCUUGGUGAGUGGGACGUUGACAUGGCGCUUGAUUGUUUUUACCGGAAAUUAUUCGAAAUUAUUAGCUGCAACGUUCCACUUACUGGCUCUUUCACUGCUAGAUUCCCGAGUUGGAUGACAGACGAACUGAGAGCUGCGAUUUCUCAGAAGAAGAUGGCCCACCGGAUAUUUAAGGCUUCGGGAGAUGGUCAGGCAUUGCAUGACUUCAGGAGCUUCCGGAUAAUUUGCAAGCGUCUGACGUUGCGCGACUACAGUCGAUUUAUUAGUGAUGUUGAGGAGUCAUUGGAGUCUGAUCCUGGAGAGUUCUGGAGGUUUGCUAACCCUAGGGAUUGUUGCUCUGGCUAUCCUGAUAGUAUGUAUUAUAAUAGUAUCGAUGCCCAUGAUGGCCCGGAUAUUGUCAACUUGUUUGCGGAACGAUUUUCUUCGGUUUUUUCUUCAACUUCACUACUUAAUGGUUUCGAGGGGCUAACGUUUGAUUCUAAUACGCUGUCGGACAUUUCUCUUGAUAUUGAAGAGGUAACUCAGGGCCUUGCUGGACUGAAACCGUCAUCUGCGGCCGGACCCGAUGGAAUCCCGUCAACUUUUUUUGUAAAUUGUACCAAUUGUUUAGCUCGACCGAUUAUGUAUAUUAUGAAUUUAUCUUUACGAUCUGGUACCUUUCCUACUGCUUGGAAACAAGCUUUUAUCAUUCCGGUGUAUAAGAGGCGUGGUGACAGGAGAAAUGUUUGUAAUUAUCGUCCAAUUGCCAAGCUCAGCGUGCUUUCUAAGCUGUGUGAUCAUCUGGUUGAUACGAUUUACACUAAUCUUACCAGUGCGUUUGAUUGUGUUAAUCAUCAACUUCUGGCUGCUAAGUUGUCGUUCUAUGGAUUCAUGGCCCUCUUCUAUCCUGGUGCUCUUCAUACCUAUCACAUAGAACCUACUCCGUUAAGCUCCUGA